ACCAUAUCGGCACUGAGAAGUGAUAACGCCAGAGUGUACACGUGUGGUAUAAAAAUGACCUGUACUAGUUACUGUCAUUUAUUGGAACUAAAACGAAAUAAUUCUGCAUUCAUCAUGAUGUGUUAACGCAGGCACGGUGCAACACCAGAACAAACUGCUGCUGAGUUAGUAAGAGUAGAACCACAUCCGAGAUUUUGCCUGCCAGCUAAGUAGCCCCAGAAUGAGCAGUUUCAAAAUGUUUUGUUCAUUUACAAGUGCCUUUCUGAUAACAUUAAUGUUUACCCUGACCCCUGGUGCAACUAAAAUCAUUCCAGCCAAUGCAUUUUUGGAAGACAUUUUUCGCUUCUACCGUCAAAAUGGGACUAUUUCUACUGAGAAUAUUGAUGCCAUGUUGGAUAAAGUUGGAGCCAGGACACCGUCAGCUAACGGGAACGAGUUGGAAACAUUUCACUUUUCUAAGUGCUUGUCUGUUGAACACAUAUUAUCACUGUAUGGUUUGAAUAACCAUAGUCAGCUAACAUCAGCAAACUUUGAAUAUAUCUGCCCUGCGAUUGUACAGCAAGCUAUCAUUCAGCCAUGUGUUUUCAAAGCAGCUGAGCCAGUACCUCUUAAAUCAGUACCUUACCAAGUCUGGGGGUUUGGAGUCCUAGCUGUAACCAUUAUCAAUCUGGCCUCACUCCUGGGUCUUGCUCUGGUUCCUUUUAUCAAGAAGCCAUACUUCCCAAAAGUGUUGACAUACUUUAUUGGGCUGGCCAUUGGCACUCUUUUCUCAAAUGCUGUUCUGCAGCUUAUUCCAGAGGCCUUUGGAUUUGAUCCUAAAGUGGAUAGUUAUGUUCUUCAAGCAGCUGGCAUAUUUGGAGGAUUCUACAUUCUUUACUUCACAGAAAGGUUGUUACAGAUAGCAUUAAAAACAGAGCACCAGCAUGGACAUAGUCACUACAAUCCUUCAGAUGAAUUGUCAGAUGGUGACACAAUUGGAAUGGAUACCAUCAAGAAUGGAGACCCUGUCGAUGGUGGCACUCAGAUUGUCACUGUAACCAGUUUCAGCAACAGCAGUGAAGGGGACAGUAUUUCUAAUGCUCCUAACACAGUGCAGGACACCCAGUUGUCACAGGGCUACUGUAGCUGGCUUAAAGGCCCAAGGAUUUCUAAUAUAAAAACGGUUGCUUGGAUGAUAACACUGAGUGAUGCCGUCCAUAACUUCAUUGACGGGCUGGCCAUCGGUGCUUCCUUCACAGUGUCAGUGUUCCAGGGGGUGAGCACCUCUGUAGCGAUCGUGUGUGAGGAGUUUCCUCAUGAGCUGGGUGAUUUUGUGAUCCUGUUAAAUGCAGGCAUGAGCAUCCCACAGGCCUUGUUCUUUAACCUCUUGUCCGCCUGCUCCUGCUACAUCGGACUGGUCACGGGGAUUCUUAUAGGCAGCAACUUCUCUCCUAAUAUCAUCUUUGGACUUGCAGGUGGAAUGUUCUUGUACAUUGCUCUGGCAGACAUGUUCCCAGAGAUGAAUGCCAUUCUGAGACCUGAAGAAAAAAACACAAAAAACAAUAUCAUAUUUUUCCUAAUACAGAAUGCUGGCCUGUUAUCUGGGUUCUCUGUUAUCCUGCUAAUCACCGUGUUUGCUGGUGAGAUUAACUUUGGUAAGACUCCUUGAAGGGUUCACGGUGCAUGUCAGUUUCAGAACCAGUUUCAGAAUACAACAUAUUGGUGCUAAAUAUAAUGUGUAAGUGCAGAUAAAUUAAUUGUGGCUAGUUUUGGUAGGACUUGAUUAUAUCUUUGAGAUGGCUAACAAGCCAAGACAAUGACUGUAUUGGUUUAUACAUUUUUUCAUAGUCACAGUAAAGGCAUAAGAACAGGAUAUUUACGGGUUGAUUUGAUCAACCUAGAGCUAUCGCCAAAAGUUUUGCAUCACCCUCUAGAAUGAACUCAUUUUAACUCAAAUGAAACCUGCUGAAUGAUGUUACAUUAACAUACUGAAGUACAUACCACUGCUUAGUAGUUUUCUAUAUACUCAAUGAAAAACUGAUAUAAAUAGAAAAAGUUGACAUUUCGAAAAUUUUACGAAAGUACUGUACUACUAUUAGGGCUUCCUGUAGACUUUUGUGGUAUCAUUUUGUGAUAACGUUCAUAUUGGUUUUUUUUUUUUUUUUUUAAUUAUGUCUCAAUACUAAAAUUCCAGGUGAUGCUAAACUUUUGGUCAUAGCUAUAUACCCUACUCGGAUUUUUUUUGUAUCACACAGGAAUCCUAUUGAAUUGAUUCCACCACUUCUUUUUAUGAGUAAUCCUGGAAUAAUCAGUUUGGUGGCUGAUGCAAUCCAGGGUGAUUCCAUCUGUGACUAAUAUAGGCAGCAUAUUGUCAAUGUUGGAGAGUAACACAUUCAGUGUAAUGCAUUACUGUAAUAUGAUUACAUUUUCCAGUAAUUAAAUGUAGUAACGCAUUACAUUUUAUAUGAAAAAUGACAUUGUUACUUUCAGUUACAUUUAAAAAAAGGACCAUGGCGACUGCAUAAUGGUAAUCACAUGAACACACGUUUUAUAUCACCUUGCUAGAAAAUGUCAUCAGAGAAGGGAAUUAGUGGGUUCGAUAGCUGGAUCUUUAAAGAAUAUUUUGAGAAGCAGCCUUAGCAAACCGAAAAACUAAGAAGUAACUGAAGCUAGUUACAUUUUUCAAGUAAUAAAUGACUGUAACUAGUUACAGGUUUGUUCAAGUAACUUGUAACUUCACCAACACUGGGUAUUGGUUUAUCAAAUCAUUAUUUAUGGAGUUAUGACAUUGCAGUGAAAAAUAGAAAGCUCAGGGACAAUUUUGUUUAUGUAAGCGCAGACAGCAUUGUUUUAAAAUGGGUUGUAAAAUGUCCAAUUCUGAUGUAAUUUAAUAUUUUUGAAGUAGUUCCAUGUUUAAAUAAUGAUGUAUGAAAUGUAUCUGGAACAUUAUUUAAAUUCUGUAUAAUAAUCAUGAAAUGUUUCAUAACUCAUUGUAUAUUCUGACACUAUUUAAAUGUGCAAUUAAAUGUUGAAUACCUUUUAUUGGAAUGUUUCUGUUGUUUCUAAUUAUUAAACUACUGGAGAGGUAGCCACUAAAAUGUAAUAAUUAUAAGAUUCAGUAGCAUUUUCAUGGUUUUUAACCCUCAUCCGCACUUAAUAUCUUAUAAAUAUAUUGCAUAUCACUGCACUGCAUUUAUUAAUAUUGUAUUUUACAGGCGAUACUUAUGUGGGUUAAUCUGAUUCAUCUCUGCCCUGCUGGGAGUUUAUUGCAACAUUUUACACCACAGUGGAAUCACCCUAGAUUUCAACAACCACAUAUCCCUGGUUGUGCCAGGAUUUCCCCUAAAAGUAGGUGCUUGAUGCAAUCCAAGAGGAUUGGUCAGUACUGUAAAAUGCUCGAAUGACUGUAAGUACUUGGAUAUUAGUGAUCCAAGAAAGCUAACAGUCAGUCCAUAAUAAAGUUUAUACUAUAUUUAACUUCCCCCUGGUCUCUGGAAAGCCACACUUCGUAGCAGCCUUCCAAUCUGUCAUGUCAGGAUUAAACUGCUGAGCAAAUAGCGGAAGUAUGCUCAGGCAUUUAAGGAUGACAAGUUAAAGGUGAUUUCCACUAACAACAUAACAGCCAAAAUGCAUUUGAAUAAAUGCACUGUAUCGUGGGUAGAUUUUCCAAACAAAAAGAAAAAUUACUGUAAAUAAAGCAAACACAUAUACAAAACUAGUCAGACAAAUCUAAAGACCUGGUAGAAUUAAGUGCACAAUAUGCAGCACAGAUUAUGAGUUGUUUUUCAUGGGUAUGCACUGCAGCAAAAUAAAGCUUU